AAUGAUAAGAAUUGUAGCUCAAAAUGUAUCACCAGUAAGAGAUUGCGUACCUCUUUAUGAUCGGAGACAAAUGUUAGAAAUGUCGUCGCCGACGUUUGCUCAGUUGUUGAACAACGUCGGAGAUCAUGUCACCGGAGACGAAACUGAAACUAAUUCAGUUCACCAAGUUCUGACAAUGGAACUUCCGGUGCAGCAAUCAAUUCCAUUUGUAUUGUCAUUCAGUAAUCUCACAUACAGCGUGAAAGUCCGCCGGAAAAAUAUUUUUCCGGCGAUCUUCGGCCGCCGGACAGAUGAACCGCCGAGCACGAGGACGAAGGUGCUUUUGAAUGAUAUAUCAGGAGAGGCGCGUGACGGAGAACUACUCGCGGUGCUCGGCGCGUCUGGUUCGGGGAAAUCGACGUUGAUCGAUGCUUUAGCUAAUCGAAUUGCGAAGGAGAGCUUGAAAGGGGAGGUGAAAUUGAACGGUGAGCCAUUGCAUUCGAAGUUGCUGAAAGUGAUAUCAGCGUACGUAAUGCAAGAUGAUCUCCUUUAUCCGAUGCUUACAGUGGAAGAAACGUUAAUGUUCUCAGCAGAGUUUCGGCUUCCACGAACUCUAUCGAAAUCGAAGAAGAAAGGUAGAGUUCAAGCUUUAAUCGAUCAAUUAGGACUCCGAAACGCAGCCAAAACUAUAAUCGGCGAUGAAGGCCACCGAGGAGUCUCCGGAGGUGAAAGACGGAGAGUUUCAAUCGGAAUCGACAUCAUCCAUGACCCAAUCAUUUUAUUCCUCGAUGAACCUACUUCCGGUCUCGAUUCCACCAGUGCUUUCAUGGUGAUUAAAGUUCUUCAACGAAUCGCACAGAGCGGAAGUAUUGUGAUAAUGUCGAUUCAUCAACCAAGUUACCGAAUUCUCGGUUUACUUGAUCGAUUGAUCUUCUUAUCACGCGGACAAACUGUUUACAGUGGUUCGCCAUUGAAUUUGCCCCAAUUUUUCACGGAUUUUGGUCAUCCAAUUCCGGAAAACGAGAACAAAACAGAGUUCGCGCUUGAUUUAAUCCGCGAACUCGAAGGCUCACCUGAUGGAACAAAUAGUUUAGUUGAAUUCAACAGAAAAUGGAAAAAUACUAAUCGGAAUUCUGCAACAACGCCGGCGAGAUAUGAUUUGUCACUAAAGGAAGCAAUAAGUGCAAGCAUUUCUAGAGGGAAAUUGGUUUCUGGUGCAACGAAUGAUGCUGCUAAUCCUACUUCUAUGGUUCCUACUUUUGCAAAUCCAAUAUGGACCGAAAUGGCUGUACUGUCAAAGCGGUCAUUCACAAACUCAUGGCGUAUGCCGGAGAUUUUCGCUGUCCGUUUCGGUGCAGUAAUGGUCACGGGUUUCAUCCUCGCCACCAUGUUCUGGCGGCUCGAUGAUUCCCCUAGAGGUGUAAGGGAACGGAUUGGGUUUUUCGCGUUCGCCAUGUCAACAACUUACUAUACAUGCGCGGAGGCAUUGCCCGUUUUCAUUCAUGAGAGGUUCAUUUUCAUGAGGGAAACGGCUUACAAUGCUUAUCGGAGAUCGUCUUAUUGUCUCUCUCACGCUUUGGUUUCGAUACCAGCAUUGAUAUUCCUCUCUAUAUCGUUCGCAGCCCUGACUUUCUGGGCUGUUGGCCUAGACGGUGGAACUUCGAGCUUUCUGUUCUAUUUAUCUGUCGUCCUUGCUUCGUUUUGGGCUGGUAAUUCAUUCGUCACAUUCCUCUCUGGUGUCAUUCCUCAUGUCAUGAUCGGAUAUGUAAUUGUUGUAGCAAUUUUCGCGUAUUACCUCCUCUUCAGUGGUUUCUUCUUGAACCGUGAUAGGAUUCCAUCUUACUGGAUAUGGUUUCAUUACCUCUCGCUCGUGAAAUACCCAUAUGAAGCAGUGUUGCAGAACGAAUUCAAAGAUCCCAUGAAAUGCUUCGUUCGUGGGAUUCAAUUGUUCGAUAACAGCCCACUCGGGGAUGUUCCGAUUUCGUUGAAGGAGAAAUUGUUGGACAGUAUAAGCAAAACAUUGAACGUCAGGAUAACAAGUUCUACAUGUGUAAUGACUGGUGCAGAUAUAUUGGUGCAACAAGGGAUAACUCAACUGAACAAAUGGAAUUGUUUGUGGGUAACAAUUGCAUGGGGAUUUUUCUUUAGGAUUUUGUUUUAUUUCUCUUUGUUAUUGGGAAGUAAAAACAAAAGAAGGUAAUAAUAAGCUAGAUAUAAAUAUCAUAAUAA